AUGGAUAAAGCUACAACAAAACGUAUAAUCAGGUACUAUGAAGACCUUUGGUAUCAGAAGUCUGGAGUAUUUAAGCCUAAACUGCUGAAACUGCUUCCGUUUCCAUUGCAAACGGAGAUCUGUUACGACUUAAAUGCAGUACCUCUAUACAGUUCUUUAAUAUUUAGAAAAUUACCCGAAGCUUUUUUAAGACGUCUAUCUGUAACAAUGAGUCACCGAUUUUAUUUACCAGGCGAUAUUAUUUAUAACCACAAUCAAAAUAAAACUGAUAUGAUUUGUGUAACGAAUGGUGUUUUGGAGCUACUAUCGGAUGAAGAUGAUGAGAGUCCAAUGAUUUCAUUUUCUAAAGGAACCUGCUUUGGAGAGAUAGCACUGAUAUUAAACAUACCUGCCAGAUGCACAGUAAAAGCCGCUACUUAUGUUGAAUGCCAAAUUUUGAAAAAGACUGAUUUUACAAAAUUAAUGAUCACAUAUCCCAAUUUAGUAGCUCAAAUACGAAAAGAUAUACAAGAACGAAUCGACAGAAGUCGACUUAGAAAGAAAAAACAAACCAGCAACGAUCAACUGUUGUUGAAUAUUUACGUUUCGAAAGAAAGAAAAAAGAGCAGCAUCAAAUGUUUGAAAGAUAAACUACGAUACCGGCAAGGUAAAACAGAUGUGGACCUAACUAAAGAUAAUGAACUCGAUGAAAAUUGCUUAGAUCUUUAUAUAUUAUCUGAGCACAUUAAAAAGAGGAAAUUAAACUUUACGUGUAUUAAUUCAAAUUUUCCGUGGAUUUUGGAGUCUGAUUGCUACCUAGCAAACGUCACCAAAACGAAGUUUCCAUUAAUUACGUCCAUAUACUUCGCCACUACACUUUUGCUCUCCGUUGGCUAUGGUGAUUUCAUUCCUGGUGACAAAUGCGACAUGGGAUUAGUUGCUUUUCUCAGUCUUUACGGCGUUUUGCUUACCGGUUACUGUAUAUCGGAGUUUUCCUCUGUUGUGACACAUUGGUCAAGAACAAAAACAGCAUUUUUGGAAGUGAUAAUUACCAUUGACAAAUUCAUGAAGGAAAAUAAUAUGAGUCAAGCUAUUAAAUCUAGAAUUAUGGCGUUCUACGAAUUACAGUGGCAAUACAAUUCGGGUGUAGAAUUAACGGAUGAGAGCUGGUUGGACACAACGGUCGUCCCCACUGAGUUACGAAAAAAAGUCUUACAUCAAGCGAGAUUUAAAGCUCUCACGUCCAUUAAGUUCUUUCAAGUAAAAAAUAAGGCAUACAUUCAAACACUUACUGAAACGGCUAGAGACAUAAUCCUUCCACCCGGUGAAAUAGUUUACUAUGGCGGAACGAUUUCAAGGGAAUUAUACAUAAUCGAACGAGGGUACUGUUUGGUAACGUCUAAAACGCUGAAGGAUGGGAAGAAGGAACGAGUCAUCGGCCCGGGAAAUCACCUAGGUUUGUUGGUGAUGUUGUACGGAGUGCCAGCUGUCAACACUGUUGUAACCCUAACCCAUUGCAAGAUUCAUAAGUUAUACGCUGCCUUUUGGACAGAAUCUAUUGGCGCACUAAAACGAGUAGGCUCUUGGUUAGAUGAAGCAAAAACAUUUAAAAUUAAAAACAUAACGCCGACGAAGGCGUAUCUUUUGGCUUAUUAUUGGUCUGCUACAAGUUUUAGCGGCGCCGGCUUCGGUGAUAUCCUUGCUCAAGACACCACCCACAUGAUCCUCUCCAUUUGUAUCAACGUACAUGGCGUUUUGUUCUUUGGCUAUGUGUAUGCACGAAUGGCGUCCCUAAAAGCUAUGGCUGAUCAGAUGAUAACAAAGUUUCAAGAAAAUUUAAAACAUUUAGAAUUGUUUUUGAGUAGCGAGAAAGUUGCGUUAUUGCUUAAAAGGUCAAUCAUCGACUACUGGAAGUAUCAAUGGAAAAGGACUGGAGGCUGGUCACAUCAAACUAUACUAGGAAAACUGCACUCGAACUUAAACGAAGACGCUGUGUUGUUCAUGUAUGAGAAAACGUUACGAGAAAUACCUUUAUUUGAAAAUGUGGAAUAUUCGUUCUUUAGAGCCUUUGCGAAGCAAUUGAAGGAAAAUUACUUUCAAAAAGGCUAUAUGGUGAUAAGAUCGAAUGAGGUUAUAAGCAACAUGUACAUCAUCUACCGGGGAAAGGUUGAUAUUAUAUCGGACAGCAAUGAGGUUGAGGCUUGCAUGGGACCUGGUGGAAUAUUUGGAAAUAUUCGUGGUGCAUCUAGGUACCGGACACGUUCAAAUAUUGUUGCGUCUAGAAAUAUAGACUUACUAAGCAUUGAAGGUCCCGAAUUUUAUGCUAUUUUGAAGAGUUACCCCUCUGUGUUGAAAAAAGUGAAGCAAUCAUUCGAUUCGACUUCUGCAGAUUACGUAAUACCAACGGUUAUGUCUGAAGAGAUAAGUCUUGUACAGCCAUUUUCCUUAACCUACGAAUCAGGGGCAGAUGAAGACGACGUACCGGAUAUAAAUACAAAUGUCGAUAGCCCCGAAAAAAGUAUAGCAUCUCACGGCUCAAGAUCUGUUACAUCAGCAGGCAACGAUGAAUUUAUUGCUGCGAAGUAUUUAUUAUUCAUACCGCAUAGCACAAUAGCAAUAUGGGCGUCAAUACUAACGCACGUGAAUGCGUGCCUUUUCUUUAAGUUGUCCUGCUUAACGCCAGUACAUUGCACUUCGGCGAACUGGAUGUCCAAAGAGGAAUUGAGUUUACGUGCCCAGUAUGCUGAGGGACAAUAUUUUUCUUUGUACGUAGCAUCUUUAUGGUAUAUGAUGAAUCUGCUGACCAUAACCGGAACAGGGGAUGUAUCAUCACAAAAUGAUUUUGAAGUGAUAGAAACGAUCAUUAUAAUCAUCAUUAUCAAAUUCUGUACAGGUCUCCUAAUAUCGGAAAUGUCAGCGAUGAUAACAGCACACUCGUCGUCACGUAUAGCAUACGAUUAUAGAAUAAACGAAUUGAGGGAUGGCCUUAGAGACACUGAUCUCAGCGAGCAUCAGACGAACAAGAUGUGGGACUACGUGUGCGAGCUUUGGAACAGACAACAAGGGCGACAAGUCGAAGUGUUGACAGUACACCAGAAUUUGACAGAAUCUAUUUACGAUGUCCUAGGUCCCGAAGAUUGUUUUGGAUUAGCGCAAGGUUUGUUUGUGGGGGUACAGCACUACUUUUCGUUCCGAGCACGUACUGUGGUGGACAUCGUGUAUUUGAAAUUAGACGAAUGGAAAUAUUUACUUGAUUUCUAUCCAAAGUCGGCAAAACUAGUGAGGAAAAAAGUAGAAAAUGUGUAUUUAGCAAUUUAA